GCCAGUGUUUGGCAUGAGGAUGAAGGAAUAGCAUUAGCAGAUCUUAUCCGUUCUCAAAAAAAUUUAAAAAAGUUCUCUCUGAUAAAUAGCAAUAUUUUUGCAUCAUUUCCAAUACAAGCCCUUGUGGGUCAAAAAGGGCUUAACAGUGUGACAUUUGAAGAUAUGCAUAGAAACCGUAAAUUACGUGAUAAGGGAUUUUUUAAUUAUACAAUUUGUGAAUUAAAUAGAGAUGCCAUCAACGCACUUGCCCAGUGUACAAAAAUCAACAAAGUGAAAUUUAAACACUGUGAAGGGCUCUACACUCCUUUAUUUCUUCGGAUUACUAAUAGUUUUUCAAACUUAACAUCUUUAGAAUAUUCAUAUGGAGCUUAUAAGAUUAAUGACCAUUCAACUCCUAUUAGGUUAUUAUCUGGUCUUAUUAAGAAGAGUUGUAAUACACUUAAAAGAAUUAUACUUGACUGGCAUACCCGUGAUCCUAUAGAUACUACUCAACUCAUCAAAACUAUUGCACAUCAUGUGAUAGGUCUUGAAUAUUUGAAAAUUCCAAUUUAUACGUUAGAAGAUCUUGCUCUAAUUCACCAAGCUAAUAAUCAAUUAAAGAAAUUGGAACUUUAUAUUAUGAAUAGAAAAAUAGAUCUAUAUUGU